AUGGUUGCAGUAAGGAGUGAAGAUAAUGUUGCUGAUAUCUUCACAAAAGCACUUCCUAAAGCUCUUUUGGCUGGAGCAGUUGGUAUGGUAUUGAUCCGAGAAAAUAUAUCUUCAAUAACUGCUAAUAUUUAUUCCCUUCCUACAACUUUGGUUGGCGGUGAGGAUGGAAGACAAAUCUUGAACUAUAUUAAUAGAACAAGAAAUGCAACUGCAAACAUAAUGAAGAGCUAUGAAAUUGUUGAUGAGUUUGCACCAUAUAUUUCACCUGACUCGUCUAGGGGACCAAAUACUUUAACAUUUGGCAUCCUCAAGUCGGAUUUGUCUGCACCUGGUGAUAAUAUAUUGGCAGCGUGGACACUUGCGAAUUCUCCUACGAAUCUAAAAAUUGAUAGAAGAAGAGUUCCUUAUUCAAUCCAAUCGGGCACAUCAAUGGCAUGCCCACAUGUUAGUGCCGCGGCUGCAUAUGUCAAAUCUUUUAAUCCAUCGUGGUCUCCAUCAGCUAUAAAAUCGGCUCUUAUGACAACUGCAUUCACCAUGAGUGCAAUGAAAACUCUAGAAAAAGAAUUUGGUUAUGGAGCAGGACUCAUAAAUCCUAUAGCGGCGAUCGAUCCUGGACUUGUAUAA